CAAUCCCUCUGUGCCCCCCAGAACCGCCCCACAUGGGGCAGUGGGUAGGGAGACCCCUAGGACAUGGGAAAUGAGGCCUCAAGGAUGCAGGGGAGGGACCCCCAGAAACUCCCCCACCAGUCCCCUCACAGGAAGGGGGACCACCAGCACCACCCCCAGAACAGACCCCAUCUGUGUCCCCCCAGGGCUGCGUCAUGGGGAAUGAGACCCCAGGGUGGUGGGGGGGGCCCAGUUAGCCCCCACCCCUCCUGGCCCUCCUGGACUAUCCUAUAGGGUGGGGGGACCCCCAGCCCCUCCUGUAACCCCUCCCAGGACUGUCCCACGGGGACUCUCUGAGUGUGAGGGUGGCAGAGCCCUGGCCCAGGCUGCCAGGGGGGAGGGGGGCGUUGGAGUCUCCAUCUCUGGAGACAUUCCCACCCCCCCAGGACCCCAUCCUGUGCCCCCUGCUCGGGGGUGAUCCACAGAGGUCACUCUUUCCUGACCAUGGGGCUGUGUCAGGGGGAUCUGCUCCCAGAUUCCAUCCCCCCUGCUUGGAACCCCCCAUGUCACCCCCCCAUGUGUCCCCCCCCCAGCGAUGUCACCGUGCCCAGAACCCAGACCCAGCGUCUGUGACCUCAGCCCUGGGGCCAGGGCAGGAGGUGGCACCCUGAGCUCUGCUGCUCUGCUGGCCACCAGCCCUCGUGUCCUGCAGCCAUGGCUCUGCUCCCGCUCCUCCUCCUGCUGGCCCUGUGCUGGGCUGCCCACGGCUCCUGGGACACCUGUGGGACUUGCGGGAUGCGGCCCAUGUUUCAAGGGCUGGACCAGUCCCGCGUGGUGGGGGGCACAAACGCCCGGGCAGGGUCCUGGCCCUGGAUCGUCAGCCUCCAGGACGGCUGGGGACACGUGUGCGGAGGGUCCCUCAUCACCCCCCAGUGGGUCCUCACCGCAGCCCACUGCUUCGACGAGGCCGGGCCCGGCACCCUCUGGCACGUGCUGCUGGGGGCCACCCAGCUGAGCCGCCCGGGCCGCCACGCCGAGGUGCGCAACGUCACCCAGAUCCGGAUUCACCAGGACUACCACAACAUCUCCAUGACCAACGACAUCGCGCUGCUGGAGCUGGAGCGGCCCGUCCAGUGCAGCUCCUACAUCCAGCUGGCCUGCGUGCCCGACUUCUCGGUCAGCCUGUCGCAGCUGAGGUCCUGCUACGUCAGCGGCUGGGGGGCCACCACCGCCAGAUCCACCGAGGUCAGCGACAUGCUGCAGGAGGCCAGGGUGGAGAUGAUGGAUGUCAAGGUCUGCAACAGCAGCGGGUGGUACCUGUGGGAAGUCCACCCCUACAACCUGUGUGCCGGCUACGAGCGGGGGGCCAUCGACACCUGCCAGGGGGACAGCGGGGGCCCUCUCUCCUGCCAAGAUGGACAAGCCGACUACUUCUGGGUGGUGGGAGUGACCAGCUGGGGGAAAGGCUGCGCCAGAGUCCGAAGGCCCGGGAUCUACACCUCCACGCAGCACUUCUACGGCUGGAUCCUGGCACAGCUGGGGCUGGAGCCGGAGGCAGCGGAGGCAGCGGAGGCAGCUCCACAGCCCGGCCCCACCUCAACCCCCUCCCAGCCAGGACCAGCACCAGUACCCGAGGGCUGGGCUGCUGCCUGUCCCUUCCCAGUCCAGAAGGUGCUGCAGUUCUUCCAGCUGCUGCAGGAGCUGCUGCAGGUCCUGAGGGGAGCCCGGGCUUGAGCAGCAGAGGGAGAGGAUCCAGCGCAGGCUGCGGUGCCCCAGGGCAUCUCCUCCUGGGCCAGGGCCUGCGGGUCCCGAGGAGGCCCCAGCGCCCCAGGCCUGCCCUGCCCUGCCCUGCCCGCUCUCCUCUGGGGCACAGAGAUGCUGUUGUUGAGGCGGUUCUUGCAAUAAAGUUGUCAGUGUUCCCAGCUCCCCCUGCUACAG